AAUGACGAGCCACUACAUGGUGAGUGACUUGCGAUAGAUGACGAGGCCUAAUAUUUGACUGUCCUUUCUUUUUUAGCAAGCUAAGGACGCGGCUAGGGCGUCAGGGAAGAAGAAGGGGACGACUCUGUCCCAGCUGAAGAAGAGAGCUGUGCCGGCUGGCUCGGAGACUCCGAGUACCUUCAAGAAGCCAAAACCCCUACCUCGCCGUCUCGUGAAGAAAGACGAGUCGAAGGUUGCUGAGGGGGGAUGCCCUGAUGACGAAGAGAUGGGCGUGGACAAGCCGUCUCUGGUGGUGGACUUGGUGGAGGACCCUCUUUCGGGAAUCCCGGCCGACGUCCGCUCUCAGAUACCGGCGGAGGUGGCCCGCCGAGCUAGGUCUUCGGGCGGUAAGUAUUAUUCGAACGUCGUUCAGACGUAUCGAGCCUCCUCUGGCAGUUCUUCUUACUCUCCGCGUCAUCCUAAGGCCAUUGUUUUUCCUAUAGCCAAAGACAAAGGGAAGGAUGCAGCUGCUGCCGAGGAUGAGAACGUACCUGCUACUCCACACUAUUCGUCAAAGGAUAGGGUGGCUAUAUGCCGCAAGGUUUUUAAGGCCGUCCCCGCUGAGUAUGUUGCUUCUCUUCCUGGCCGCAAGACUGACGCCCAGUUUGGUGCGAUCCAGGCCACUCUUCUCGACUUGUUCUGCCGCAUGGAAUUCUGCAAGAGCUGGAAGGCCCGCACUGCUGAGGAGCUCAAAGCUCAGGUGGCUGAGUCCACCCACCAUGGUGACUAUGCGUUCAAGUCCAUUGAAGAGGUCCGCCUGCAGAUGCAGACGACCAUAGACCUUCAAGCGAAGGAGGUGGCUGCGUUGAGAUCUGACAAGGCCGAGCUGCUUAAGAAGAUCUUGGCGCAGGACAAGGACAUGGUGGCAAUGGUCGAGGAAGCCAAGACAGCGGCGGCGGAAAUACGGGCGCUUCAGGACCAGUUGCGGGAGUACCCUCAGGUCAAGGAGGCGGCUGAGGAAGCCGAGCAUCUUCGUGGGGAGCUAGAGACGGCCAGAUCGCAAGUUCGCACCUUGCGUGAGCGUCUUCUGGAAUCCUAUGAUCAGGGGGAACAAGCGACCAAGGACGCUGUUAAGCACGCCUGGGAGAGCCACAUGUCAGAGUAUGAUCUUGGGUGGUUCCAGCGGCGAAUGGAGCACAGUGCCGCUGUGUUGGCUGCUGAACGUCUUGGUCAGCCGCCCCCUGAGUUUGUAUCAUCUGAUGACGAGGACGAUGCGGCCGCCCCCUGAUUUGCUUCCUUUCCUAUUUUUUUAAAAAAUUUUAUUCAAGCGUUCCAGUGCCUAA